GAAAAUGGCUGGAUCAACAACAAAUUUUCCAAAUGUUCAAAGAAUACGAGAUAUGGUUCGAAAUGACCUUGCAUCCCUGCUUGAUUCUUUCAAAGGAAAGAAAGAUUUAGUACUGGAUACAGAGCUUAUGAAACCAUUAGACAGAGUGGCUGGAGCUACAAUGCUUAAGCAAAGACAUGUAGAUAAAAUGUUCAAGCUAGACCCAAAACAGAAGUCAAUACAUGGAUGUGAACAGAGGGUGUAUUUAGUACGGCCACAAAUGACCACCAUGAAGGUUAUAGCUGACCAUGUCAACUCAGAUAGAAGCAACAAUAUCAAAAGAGAAUAUAGAAUUAUUAUGGUGCCAAGGAGGCUUUACCCCAGUGAUGUAUGUGAGAUGAUCCUUGAACAUGAGGGUGUUAUGGGAUAUAUAACGAUACAUGAGUUACAGAUGGAUCUGAUACCACUAGACAGAGAUAUACUGUCAUUAGAGUUACCUCAGUUAUUUAGGUCAUUUUAUCUGGAAAGUGACCAUACCUGGAUACAAACAAUAGCCAAAUCACUUAUCAACAUCCAGGCUCUAUGUGGAAUUAUUCCUAAUGUUUAUGGUAUUGGCAAGGGAUCAAAGAUGGUGAAUGAUCUGAUGAAAAACAUACUUGGAGAAAAAUUAUCUGGACCAGACUACAGCAAGUGUGAUAUAGGAAAUCUCAUUCUUAUAGACAGAGAUGUAGAUUUUGUAACACCAUUAUGUUCCCGGCUGACAUAUGAAGGUCUUCUAGAUGAUACAUUUGGUAUAUCUUGUGGUUAUAUAGAAUUUGGUAAAGAUGUAACUGGAAAGGAUCAGAGUACCAAACUUCUACUUAGCAGUGAAGAUCAGAUUUUUGAUGAAGUGAGAAACAGACAUUUCUCUAAUGUAUUUGAAUAUCUGAGUUCUAAAGCCAAGUCUUUACAGACUGAAUUUGAUCAAAGACAUGACCUAGAAUCUGUUGGGGACAUGAAAGAUUUUGUUGCAACUAAACUACGAGGUCUGAAGGCACAGAAAGCAGCUUUAUCACACCGUAUGUGUUAA